AUGAAGAGAUAUAACAAGAAAAAUGAUCAAGGUAAUGACUUUUUAUCUUCAAAUGAAUGCCAAAACGAUGUAGAUGCUGGAUCUAUUAGCCCCUUCGCGUUUCAAGCGUCUAAAUCUUCAAAUCUCUUCAUGAAAUGCACCAAACACACACUUUUAGCCUCAUACAGACUCAAAAUAGGGCACCACCACACGUCACCGCCACCUACCUCCACCACCCCACCUACCACCCACGAAAACCACCACCCAACAUCAUCAUCACCAUCCGCCAUCGCCAACCACGAACAUCACCCACCACCACUACGCAUCACCACCACCCGCCACCGCCAACCCCACCUACCACCAUCACCACCACACGCCACUACCACCCACCCACCACCACUAUCCACCUCCACCACCCAUCGUUACCAUCCACCCACCGCUGUGACCACCACCUGCCACUACCACCACCCCUUACCCAUCACCAUCGAUCACCACCACCCGCCACCAUCACCCCCACCCACGACCACCGAAACAAUCACCCAUCAUCAUCAUCAUCACCACCACAACCACCACCCACCCACCAUCACUACCACAUAG